UGUAAGUUAGAGCGAGAAGAGCUGUUACUCCAAAGAGGUUGUGGCUAAAGUGGGACUAUGAGGUUAAAAUUGAUUCUAGGCGGGAUUUUAGGUGUUAAAAUGGAACCUAAUGGAAAGGUAUAGAGGAAAAUAUAGUUAUGUGAAAAAUGCAAAUACACCGAUGAAUAAGGAUUAUAAGAUCUAUCCAUCAUUUAAGAGUGUGGAAUUCGGUCAGUCUAGGCAUUUUAUGAGCCAGAAUCACGAUAGAAACGCUGUUUACCAGAUAAUUCAGAAAAAUAAAUCAAGCUCGAAUCUGAAAAAUCAUAAUAAAAUGAUGAAGCCUAAUAUGAAAAAUGAGAAUUAUCAGAUGGGUUGCCUUACAAAAUUUCAACCAAAGGCAUCUUUGAGCAAAUAAAUCACGCGGGAUGACUUACAGGAUAAAUGUUCCAAAAGGACCAAGAGAUAAUAGUCACAAGAAACAUCAAUGGAAUAGUAACCCAGCUACAAAAGUCUCUUCACCAAGAGCCGAGAUCGAGAAACAAUCAACCAAAGAUUAUUUUAAGUUCAAAAGAAGAGCUGAAAACAGCGAUAAUUACGACCCAAAUUUUAGACAAGAACAUAUUAAAUAGUAGGAACGAGAUAGAGCAAGUCACAGAGACAAAUGAUUCAAAGAACCUAUCUAAAAAGCCUCAGAAGGAACUUAGUGGGUAUCAUAGUGGCCAGUUGAUGCUUAGAUCAAAGAUGAAGAGAAUGAAUGAAGCUAAAACUUCUAAUAUUAUCAAAGAGAAUUAUAACAUAGAUGGGCUUAAACCAAUGCAGAGUAAUUUUAGCUCUCUGAGUGGAACAAAUCAUUUAAUGAGCCAAAAUACCUGUGACUCGAAGAUACCUAAAUUCAUUGAUCAUAACUCGACCCCAUCUAGUUUCUUUAAUGAUCCAACAGUGCUAAAAACUUACAUUGACAACAAAUUGCAGGAUGCUAAAGGGUUUCAGACUUCUGAAGCUACCAUUUCUAAAGAAAAUUCAGUUGACAGAAGAGUUAUGACCAAUCAAGCUAAUUAUAGGAGGGUUGGAAACUCUAAGAAAUUGUCUAAUACAACCAAUGGGUACUCAAAUCAAAGGGUUAUGACACAAUCCUCUUUCUUUAAAAAUCCAAAAUAUCAUUCAAAGGCCUUGAACGUUGACAUAAUGCGUCAGAAUACAAUUGUUAAAGUUGACCCUAACUCUAAGAGGAGGUUUUCGAACACUCAGGAUGGCUUUGGCAAGAACAGAAGGAAAUUAGAAGACAUCCCUGAUAUCCAGAAGAAGAAUAAUAUAGCAAUAGGAAGAAUCCCUUUGAAAACAACCAAAAGAAGAAUUAUCCCAGAUACCUCCACUCCUGGAUUUACUAAUAAGAUUAGCACAAAUAGGUCAUUAGACUUGGGACAUGGGGACAGCUCUGACCGUGUGGCUAAAGGGUUCAACCUUUCUUCAAAACAAGUGAGAUGCAAGAGUAAGGAAAUGCGAAGGAAUCGAAAGGACCUCAAAUUUCAGAAACUACCUACACCUUUGAAGGACAAGGAGGACGAAGUCCAGACAGACUUUCAGCCUACUAAAUUUCCAGAAGAAAAUGAAUACCGGUUUAGGAUUAGUGAUGAAAAGAUUAUAUCUUUUCCCAAGAGAGAAGCUAAAUUGAAGUCCUUAGAGCCUAGUGAGAAGUUAGAUCAUUCCCCAUAUAAGCUAAAUAAGGAGUUGUCUCCUUCACAGUCAAUUCAGAAGAAUCAGAAUAGUACAAAGAGUUCCCAGAAACCUAAUAGGAUCAUAGAUUUUGGGUCAAGAUGAGGUGUAAGCACGUUAUUUCCAGGAACAAUGAAGAACAAGAAUAUGAAAUUAAAAUAAAUCCUCUUAUGAAUUUCCAAAGAAACUUCACAUGUUUGGAAUUCACAACUUGAAAAAAUUUAAGAAUCAGUACUUGAAGAAGCAGCCACAAGAAGAAUCUUAUGAUGAAGUGGAGAUUAUUAACAAUUUUGAGCAUGAAAACUUCAAGAGUCUGAUUACAUCUGUUGGAGCAUGCUCAAAGGUAGGAAAAUCCUUGAGUCAUCCUCUGAAACCAAACCAGGAUUCUUUUAUACAAAGGCCAAAUAUGAUCCUCAGUCAGCAAAAGUCUCAAGAUGGGGACAUUAUUAAUCAAACACACUUAUUUGGAGUCCUGGAUGGUCAUGGGAUUAAUGGGCACAAGAUAAGUGGAACUCUCAAAAACAAGCUCCCAACUAUGAUAAAGAUUAGCAUGAAUUCAGAGCCUGAGUCUUUAGAGCAAAUGCUAAUCGAUACAGUCACUAAGGUAGACAAAGAUCUUGAUAAACAUAGAGCUUUUAAUAGCGGUUCUACUUGAUGACUUGCCCUGAUUCAUAACAAAACACUAUAUUUUUCGAACACUGGAGAUUCCAGAGCUCUUCUGAUUAGGAUUCCUGAAGAAACAAAAGACUUGGAAAAGGAGCAGUCAUCACCUAAAAUUAAGUAUACAGAAGAUCAUUCUUGAGACGUUAAAGCUGAACAAAAGAGGAUCCUUGAUUUAGGAGGGCGAAUCGAAAGAUGUAAAGGAAACAUUAAACGGCAACCUUUAAGGGUAUGGCUUCCAAAUGAAGAUGCACCUGGUCUAGCCAUGACUCGAUCAGUAGGAGAUCACAUUGUUCGGGAAGUUGGUGUAAUCUGUACUCCUGAGAUCCAAAUCCAUCCUCUUCAAGACCAGAAAUAUAUCCUCGUUAUUGGGAGUGAUGGCAUCUACGAAUAUAUUUCGAACAAGGAAAUGGUUAAAUAUGCUAUCGAUAACCAAAAUCUUAGCGCUACUGAGUUAUCUAAACGCAUCGUGGAAAUAGCAAGGGAACGAUGGAAAUCUAAAGAUGUAUUUAUUGACGACUGCACAUGACAGAUAGUAUACAUUGAUGCUUCUUAAUUGGAGUCAUUUCACUUGAAACACGAAGAGAAUUAAACUAAAAUAAUUUCCCAGAGGAUAAAGAAUUGGUGUUAAUUUCUGAACAUCACUGAUUAAUGAAAAUUAAUUGUCAAAUCUUAACAAUACCCAUAAAAAAUUU